AUGGGCGCCAGUCCUCAGGGCGCCAACGAGGAGCCGAGGUUGUCCUACACGCGUGCGGACAGGCCGAAGGACGCCGGGGACCCGACUGCCGACUACGUGUCUAUUCCCCUCAGCAGCGAUCGGUCGUACCACUUUGCCAUGACCGGCAAAACCUUUGAGGUUCUAACAUCGGGCCGAGGUCAUCCGUCGUUUGAUAGACUGUUGAGCAAGUGUGUCGUGUUUGCUAGAAUGAGUCCUGAGCAGAAGCAGCUGUUGGUUGAGCGAUUGCAAGAACUCGGCUAUCAUGUUGUACCGCAUGAUUUCAACGAGGUGUUGGAAAAGUACACGGAAAAGGGCUACAGGGUGCUCGCAGUGGCUCAUCGUCGACUCGACAGCUUCAAGUACCUGCGCCUUCAACGAGCCUCGCGUGAGGAACUCGAGACUUCCUUGACCCUCAUGGGCCUGAUCGUCCUGGAGAAUCGCCUGAAACCCGCCACGGGCCCAGUGAUCGAAGAACUCAAGCUGGCCCGAGUCCGGGUCAUCAUGGUCACGGGUGACAACAUCCUCACGGCACUGAGUGUGGCCCGCGAGUGCGGGAUGGUGGCGGCCGGCGAGGAGCUCUACGUUGUGGGCGCCAGUCCUCAGGGCGCCAACGAGGAGCCGAGGUUGUCCUACACGCGUGCGGACAGGCCGAAGGACGCCGGGGACCCGACUGCCGACUACGUGUCUAUUCCCCUCAGCAGCGAUCGGUCGUAUCACUUCGCCAUGACCGGCAAAACCUUUGAGGUUCUAACAUCGGGCCGAGGUCAUCCGUCGUUUGAUAGACUGUUGAGCAAGUGUGUCGUGUUUGCUAGAAUGAGUCCUGAGCAGAAGCAGCUGUUGGUUGAGCGAUUGCAAGAACUCGGCUAUCAUGUUGGAAUGUGUGGAGAUGGAGCGAAUGAUUGCGGUGCGUUGAAAGCAGCUCACGCCGGGAUCUCGCUGUCGGAAGCGGAAGCGUCGGUGGCGUCUCCGUUCACGUCGAAGACUCCGGAUAUCUCUUGCGUUCCGACGCUGAUUCGUGAGGGCAGAGCCGCACUCGUCACCUCGUUCGGCGUCUUCAAAUACAUGGCGGCCUACAGUCUGACGCAAUUCGUGUCCGUCAUGCUCCUUUAUUCGAUAGACUGCAAUUUGACGGACUUCCAGUUCUUGUUUAUCGACUUGGUUCUCAUCACUUUGCUGGUGACGUUUUUCGGCAACACGCGGGCCCACGACGGACCUUUGAACAAACGACCGCCGCCGUCUGCGCUGGCCGCUAUUGCUCCUGUCUUGUCACUGUUGUUGCAGGUUCUGUUGGUGAUCGCCUUCCAAGUGGCAGCAUUUUUCUUCGUGGCUGAUCAGUCGUGGUUCAAGCCAUUUGUGCCAAAUGAUGCGGACGAGUACGCGAGUCAUUCAAACUACGCCGUCUACACCGUUUCUUCCUUCCAGUACGUCGGACUCGUCGUCAUCUUCAGCAAGGGUGCACCUUAUCGAAUGCCCAUUUACACCAACUACCCACUCAGUGGACUAGUUGCCGCUUUGUUGGCCAUGAACGUCUACUUGACUGUGGAACCCCAGGGGUUUUUCCGCAGCUGGCUGGAGCUGGAGGUUCCUGAGGACCACGGGUUCAGGUGGCUGAUGGUCGGCGCUGGAGUGAUUUACAUUCUGAUGGGUUUUCUUGUGGAACUGCUGUUGGUGGGCUGGUUCGUGAGCCACAAAUGCCUUCCAAGAUUUCAUCAGGUUGAGCGGUCGAAAAAGAAGUUCCUUCUGAUCGAAAAAUCCUUGGCCACUGACGUCCAUUGGCCUCCAAUCACGGGCUGCAUCCGUAUGAAUACCAUCGACUCGCCGCCUUGACUCUGGGUUACACUGUUUCUUCUCACUGCCUGCAGAUGACGCUGGUUGAAAACUGCUGUUACAUUCGUUCAAAGACUGCUGAUGCGAAGGUUUUUUCCGCGAGAUACCGGUUUGAAUUGAAAGAAAAUGCGAUAUUAAUUAUAUUUUAUGUAGGAAUGCGAGCAAUAUUCGAAGGAUUUUUUGGGGCAUUUCGUUAAAAUAUGGUGCAAUUUUAUCUGGGAACCUGAGCUUUCUUACAAAAGUAACGUAAAAAUAUGAUGAUAUUAUUCUUCAUUAAAAUGCCAACCGAUUCCAGGAGGAAUGAUUCAUCACUGAAGUUUGUCAAAUGUUGCUCUCUGCUUGUUCUACUGUACGAAUUCGAUGAGGAUGCAGGUUGAAAUCUAUAUUGCGGACCAAGUAAGGAAAAACCGAAAGCUGCUCAUCCUCUGAAUCUUUCUCCUUGUUUUUUUUUUUUUUUUUUUUAUGAAAAAUUUUGGCGAUUUCUUUGAAUUCUUUUUCCUCAUGCACGACUAUAAAUCAAAAGGGUGACGAGAGAAUUUUUCCUCGCUUUGGAUGAAUGAUGGGAAUAACGAGGAUAUGAUGAAAAAGUAUCUGUAUGCAUUACUCCUCGAUGUUUGGUUCAAAACAUCGUGAUGUUUAAGUUUUGAAGGGGACUCUUCAGGUUUGGAUGAGAUACUUCUCAGCUGUAAUUGAGGAUUGAAAUCGCCGGCGUGUGCAUAUGGAUUUUUUUUAUUGAGUGAAUGAUUUUUUUCUUUCAUUUUUCUCAAUAUACUGGUGGAAUUGCUGUUGACGCAAAAUGCAGCUUUAUUUUUGACGAACAAA